UUUUUAUUAAAAUUUUGAACCUGUAAUAUUUUCCCUUGAUUUUAAAUGCCUGAUUAAGAUCAAUGAGAUAAAUGCGCAGGGACAUCCUGCCCAGCAGGAAAACCAGACGUAAUAUGGCAGUGGCGGGAUUGCAGUUGAUCCCGCCUCCUUGAUUUCGUAUCAGCUGUGCCGUCACUUUUAAUUUGAAGAAGUGAUUACGUUGCUCGCUGCCUGCCUGCACUUCUUCAUUGACCAAGUUACCAACCAGCACUCUGCUGAAAUUUAGUUAUUUUUCGCGGAUUCCACAACAGAUGUUAUUAUGAAAAGAUGAUUUUAGUUACACAGGAAUUGUAGUUUUUUAUCUGUUGUGGUUCCUUUAUGUUUAUUCUAGCUGUUGCUAAUUUUAUCUCAAUGAGUAUUGUUGAUUUAAAUUUUAGAAGUACUUCUUUGAUCUCAUGACAUGAUAUCGUGCAAACUACUGUCUCGAUUUGCAUUCCAACAUCAUUAUCGCUGGUAUCCGAAUACCACAAAAUUCCUCACAUCCGUCAGGUUGUAAAAUGUUAAGCAUUGUUUGGGUACUGAGUGCGAUCACUUUAUGUAUUGGCCAGUCGGAUCAUUAUUAUUCCAACCAGAUUGCUGUAAAAAUUCUUGGUGGCCCUGAAAAAGCCAGAGAACUCGCUAAGCGACAUGCUUGCGAAUAUGUGGGCCAGGUGGGGAGCCUGCAGGAUUAUUACUUAUUCGAGCAUACACGAAUCGCCAAACGAUCGCUAACAGAUUCUGGUGACAGUCAUCAGAGUUUAACAGACGACCCUGAAGUCGUAUGGUUGGAACAACAGAUUAUUAAACCACGCACAAAACGGGAUCUUCUCAGCGGCGCUGGAGGCGGUCUACCAUUCCCGGUUUUUCGACCAAAUUUACCAAAUUUUGGAAAUAUUAAUAACAUUAAUCCUGUGAUGCCCCGUAACAAACAACAGUACAUGUUUCGUGAUCCGCUGUAUGCGCAACAGUGGUAUCUGCACCAAGGCGCUCAUGGAAACUUCGAUAUGAAUGUUGAGAAAGCCUGGAGGCGAAAUUACACUGGCAGAGGAAUUUCCGUUAGCAUUCUUGAUGACGGUCUGCAGCCUAAUCAUCCCGACUUAAUGCAGAACUACGACCCUAAAGCCAGUCUGGAUAUUAACGGUAAAGAUGACGAUCCUACGCCAACUGACGACGGGAAUAAUAAGCACGGCACCCGGUGUGCCGGUGAAGUGGCUGCUGUUGCCGGAAAUGAGUACUGCGGUGUAGGCAUUGCGUUUAAUUCUGGAAUAGGAGGUGUGCGGAUGUUGGACGGCGAUGUACACGACAGUAUCGAGGCUACAGCCCUGAGUCUCAAUCCGCAGCACAUACAUAUUUAUAGCGCUAGCUGGGGUCCAAAUGAUGAUGGCCAAACUGUCGAUGGACCUGGACCACUGGCGAAAAAAGCUUUUGAGGAUGGCAUAAAAUACGGACGAAAAGGAUUGGGAUCAGUGUUUGUGUGGGCAUCCGGUAACGGGGGUAAAAGUCAGGAUAGCUGCAGCUGUGACGGAUAUACGAAUUCGAUCUACACCAUAAGUGUUAGCAGUGCCGCUCAAGAUGGCACUCGACCUUGGUAUCUGGAGGAAUGCCCGUCCACAUUGGCUACGACGUACAGUAGCGGCGGCACGAUGCAGCCAAGCAUUGUCACAACGGAUCUCAAUAUGCCCGGAAACGGAAUGCGUCCCUGCACCACAAAGCAUACCGGAACAUCGGCGUCUGCUCCACUGGCGGCUGGGAUCAUCGCACUUGUCCUGGAGGCAAAUCCUAGUCUGAACUGGCGGGAUUUACAGUAUUUGACAAUGCUGUCAGCCCGUCCCGAACCACUAGUUGAUGACUGGGUUAUAAACGGGGUCGGUCGAAAAGUGAGCACUAAAUUUGGAUACGGGUUAAUGGAUGCUGAUCGAAUGGUUCAGCUGGCUGAAAAAUGGACCACCGUGCCUGAGCAGCACAUUUGCUAUACCGAAAAAAUCGCCCAGCCAACGGAGGUGAAGAAUGGCUACAUUGCCGUGGAGAUUUCCACGGAUGGAUGUCAGUAUCAUCCAAAUUCUGUCGUGUUUUUGGAACAUGUUCAAGCUGUCCUCUCCAUAAAAGCUGUGCAUCGCGGAGCGCUAAUGGUCAAGGUGACGUCGCCGAUGAAAACAACCAGCGUUAUGCUUCAUGAACGUCAACUCGAUACCAGCAAUCAAGGAUUUAAUGAGUGGCCGUUUAUGAGCGUCCAGUCAUGGGGGGAAAAUCCCUCUGGAACGUGGAAGAUUGAAGUUUUUGACACGUCGGCUGGAAAUCAAUUCGGGAAUUCGGUGGCAAAUAGCGUGCUUGUCUCGUGGUCGAUGGUGCUUUAUGGAACUGAUAAAGAGCCGAUUCCCAAAGCCAUCCGGGAGAUUCUGGACAAGGAUGACAACCGUCUGGAUGUGGCCACUGCUUUUCCGGAACCGCAGAUCGCACAACAAUCGGCAUACAACUGUCAUUUGACCUGCAAAACAUGCCAUGGCCAGCACGUGGAUGAGUGCAACAGUUGCUUCAAGAACAAUUACUUACAUAAUUAUCGGUGUCUUCUCAACUGUCCGCGUGGUUUUUACCCGGUGAACAACACUAUGACAUGUCACUCGUGCCCACCCAAGUGUGUACAGUGCAGUGGCACUGGCGUCUGCUUAGCGUGCCAGUCUGGAUAUAAUUUACAAGGAAGUCAAUGCGUGCCUACCCAUGUUAAUAUGGACGAGGAAUGCCUGCAUGGUUUAUACUUUGACCAUCGGCUGACAGAAUGCAAGCCAUGUCAUGCAGAAUGUCUAACAUGCUCGGGACCGCUGCCUAAAGACUGCCUCUCGUGCAGACCACCGAAACUUCUGUUUGGGCAGUGUUUGGACAAUUGUCCAGAGGGAUUUACUGCAGAGAACGGCACUUGUGUCGUGCGCUCUGGGAAUGAUACCGGUGAUUACGGGAAACACAAAGUUUUCAGCUCGUCAAGCGCCUACUUCUUGACGGCAACGAUUGCCUGCACUGUGAUAAUUAGCAUUGGAUUAGUAGUUUUCUGUUGUCUACAAGCAAUGUCUUCGGAUGGUCACAAAGGUGCCAAUCUGCUUUUGAUGAGUAAUGGUCAUGGCCCGAAAUACCAAAAAGCGCCUCAGCAGCCAGAGGACGGAGAUGAUGAUGAUGAGUCCGAUGAGGAAGUUGAAACAUUCUCCAGGAGAAGACUGUCAGACGCUCUCAGGAAUGCAUACUACUUGUCCGCUGCAAUGAGCUCGAAAAUCGAAAACCGGAAAGUAAUGGCCAUCCAGGCGCGUAAAAAACGGAUCAAAUCAAAGAAAAAGAGCAGUGUCAGUGGCCCAGCAGCAGCGUCAACGCCGUCAACAGCAGCAACCGUUUCGUCUGGAUUAAAUCGAGGUGGUGCAGCGAAAAAGGAUGAUCCGAAGAAUGAGGAGGUAGAUUCUCAGUCGGAAGCAGAUGAGGGAUCGGCGGAGAUCAGUUCUCCUCCCGCUGAAGAAGAGGCACUUCAUGAGCGGGAAGAUGAAGACGAGGAGGACGAAGCAGCCAAAGGGUCAGAUGAAGAAGAGCAAGAAGAUCCCAAAGACUACCGGAAGGGUGGCUAUCAUCCUGUGAAGAUUGGUGACUACUUCAAUAAUCGCUACCAUGUCGUGCGGAAAUUAGGUUGGGGUCAUUUCUCCACCGUUUGGCUGUGCUGGGAUCUGCUAGGAAAGCGUUUUGUGGCACUGAAAGUGGUCAAAAGCGCUAGUCAUUACACUGAGACCGCGCUGGAUGAAAUUAAGUUACUGCGCUGUGUCAGGGACGCCGAUGGAGCAGAUCCGCAUCGCAGUCGCGUUGUGCAACUGCUUGAUGACUUCAAAAUCUCCGGCAUUAACGGCACUCACGUAUGCAUGGUUUUCGAAGUGUUGGGAUGCAAUCUGUUGAAGUUAAUUAUCCGCAGUAAGUAUCGUGGAAUCCCUUUGGAGAACGUGCGCUGUAUCAUUCGACAAGUGUUGGAGGGAUUGAAUUAUCUUCAUUCUAAAUGCUCGAUUAUCCACACUGACAUUAAACCAGAAAAUAUUCUCUUAUGUGUGGAUGAACGCGAUGUGCGGAAACUGGCCUCGGAGACCAUUGAAAUGCAGCGGGCGGGCUGUCAGUUGCCGGCUUCGGUGGUGUCCACCGCUCCGAAAGAUCAGCGCACCAAUUUGAUUACCAGCGAUAUGUCGAAGAAGAAGCGGAAGCGCAUCAAGAAGAAACAGAAACGUCAAGAGCUACUGAUGCAGGAACAGGAAAAGCAGUUGCUUGAACUGGAUCGUCAGGCCUCCGAUGAGCCUCCAAGUGUGGCAUCGGGUCAUGAUGAUCGCUUUACGCGGCAUCACGAUGCACAUCAACAUGGUGCGGGUGCGCCGCGUAGUCCGGGCACGAAAGAGCGCAAGGCCAUACAUGCCAUGGACGCCAUUUAUGAUGAGAUUACUGGGGCGUCAAGUGAGAAACUGGCAGUGCCCAAUUUAGCUCCGGUGGGCGAAAUGAAUUUAUCAGCAGACAAUCCGCCGCAUUCUCCAAAGGGAAACGGUAUCAGUGAGAAUCCCAAAGGCGGUGCAGGUGGCAGCAUUCAUAAGCAACCAUCGGCAUUGUCCCUUCUGGAACAGAAUCUCCGCUCUCUGGAUGAAAACGGUUGCAAUGGGAUAUUACCGAAUUUGACUGGCAACGGUAUAGGUUCGAUGGUGCCGCAGAAAGCUCUAAAUGUGACACCGUGCGGUUUCAUGAACGAUAUUACCGAGCGGCCGGAUCCUGUACACGACAUUUGUGAUAUUCCGGUGAAGAUCGCCGAUUUGGGCAACGCGUGCUGGACAAGCCUGCACUUUACUGAGGACAUUCAGACGCGUCAAUAUCGAUCGCUGGAAGUUCUUAUUGGGGCUGGCUAUGGGCCACCAGCCGAUAUCUGGAGCACGGCCUGUAUGGCCUUUGAAAUGGCAACGGGCGAUUACCUCUUUGAACCGCACUCUGGCGAUGACUACUCACGGGACGAGGAUCAUAUUGCCCAUAUUAUCGAGUUAUUAGGACCAAUUCCACGCCAUCUUGCCCUGGCUGGAACAUACAGUCGUGAAUAUUUCACCCGGCAGGGUGGAUUGCGCAAUAUCAGUGAUUUGCGUCCGUGGGGAAUGUUUGAUGUGCUAGUGGAAAAGUAUCGCUGGCACCCUAGGGAUGCAGCGGGCUUUAGCGAUUUUUUGCUGCCGAUGCUGGAUUUUGAUCCGCAGCAGCGCGCUGCCGCAGCAGAAUGUUUGAAUCACCCUUGGUUAACCGGCGAUGAAGAGGCUCUGACGCGCAAAUUAUGCCCCAACCUCCCGGAAGUCAGGUCCCCUUCGGCAGAGGAUGGCGAUGGGCCGGCAUCCAAUGAUUCAAGCAGUGAUCUGGAUGAAUACUUGCCAAGUGGAUAUCGCGUUGAUGAAUAUUCAGAUGAAGCGGAUAAUGGCGAUGCGAGCGGCGAAGAAGAAGAAGACUGGCAGAGCGUGAGUGAACAGAACCCUACAACACGCUCCAGCGGUUCGGACGGUGAUGGGGGAGCUUCGUACCCGGCCUUUGUGACGGCUCACGAGGUGUCCAAUAGCAGUGAGCCGUCAGCACUGCCUCGUGAUAAUUUGGAUCCCACGCUUCUAAUCGGCGCAUUGGACGGCGGUGAUGCUGAGCGCAACACGACUCCAAUUCUGGCCUUCAGCAAUGGGCGAUUGAUGAAUGGUCCGACGACGACGGCGACGACGAUUCCAGUAGACGCUGGUGACACCAGUAGUGACGCCAGAGCCAGUGAUCUGGAGAACUGUGAUGAUGUGGAAGUCAGUGCCCUGCGCAAAUGAUACCUCCCUCUUAUCCUCUCUCUCCCUUUGCGCGCCCUGUCCCUGAUUAUUUUUCUCAUCCCAGCUGUACUCUUCCCCCGUUGUUAUAUUUGUUUUCAAGUGGAAUCUGACAAACAAUCAGUGUAGUGUUUCGCUGGAAGUACCGGCAUCGCUCCGUGUAAUGCAUGCGCUGAUUUUUCUUGUGAAAUGCCACAGCUGACCGAAUUAGAGCGCUGCAGUAAGUAACGUGCGGAUUCUUGAUAAUAAGUGAUCCAAUGAACGCCGUUUGCCACUGGUUUUGUCGCCUAGUCUUGUUUGUUUCAUGGUGGAUACAGAAAGAUUGUUUUUUCGUGUUUACUAUCUUGUAAUUUCCCUUUUUGUUAUAGUAUGUUAAUUUUCUCUAUCGUACUUAUUGGCGCUCAUUUUUAGUAAAAUGUCUUAGCGCUUUGGCAUUAUUUAUGGAGCUUUAUCUUUCAAAGCAGUGUUGCUUUAUGAUGUCUGAUAAGGUACGGGUUAUAAACAUGCUUAAAUGCAUCUGCAUAAUGAAUUCGGCAAUAGAGGCUUGGCUAG